CUGUAUUGGCCGCAAAAGGAGGCCCUACACCAUACUAAUAAAUUAUUGUGGUCUAAAACCAGGUGUUUCAGUUAUUUUGUCCAACCCCUGUAUAUAUACAGUGUAUAUGUACGUACCUAAGAUUGUGUCAUGGUAGUUGUUUAGUGACUGAACAGAACAGGAUAAUACAAAUGUGUUUUAAGAUAGAAUAUUUUUGAUAUAUACGACUGUCUUGGAUGUGCUAAGAAUAACAAGGAGCAGACUGUCUCUAAUUCAAGGUUUAGUGGAGCCUGUUGUUGGUCAAAAUGUAAGAGAAUUCAGGCCUAACUGAUCAUAGAGUAAAUUUGAUUGUUCAUAAAGGAUAUUAAAUAAAGAAUCACAAAAUUAUAAACAUGAAAUAUAAAAUGUAUUGUAACAGUAGGUGUAGCUCAUCAAAUGGCUAAUGAAUGUGCUUUUCUGAGUGUGUGUGUGUGUGUGUGUGUGUGUGUGUGUGUGUGUGUGUGUGUGUGUGUGUGUGUGUGUGUGUGUGUGUGUGUGUGUGUUAGGGUCGGUGUUUGUUUGCCAGUGGGAGUCCGUUUGCUGCUGUAACUCUGGAUGAUGGCAGGAUGGUGAUUCUGGGACAGGGGAACAAUGCUUACAUAUUCCCAGGUGUGGCUCUGGCAGUAAUUCUGAGUGGUGUUAGACACAUCAGUGAUACGGUGUUCCUCGAGGCUGCUAAGAUCUUAGCAGAGCAGUUGACGGAUGAGGAAGUGAAUCAGAAUCAGGGUCGUCUCUACCCUCCUCUUUCCAACAUUAGGGAGGUUUCUUUACAGAUGGCUGUGAGGAUAAGAUUUGUGUUUAUACACACAAUGUGGUGGAGUUUCUGUACAGUAAAGGAAUGGCAUUUCGGUACCCAGAGCCACUGGAUAAGGAGGCGUAUGUGAGAUCCAUUGUGUGGAACACGGAGUACGAUUCCUUCCUCCCAGACAUCUACGAACGGGCUGGAGUGUCCCAUAGUCCUAUAGUGGAGUAAUCAUACACCCUAUAGCAUACACCUGAAACAGUCACACACUUCAUUUACAGCUGUGUAAUGUUUAACUAUCACACAUCCCCAUGGGGAGUGAUUCCUAAACUCCUUCUGCUAAUGUAAAUGUACAGUGUUGCUAUUAAUAAAACACUUAGUGCUUUGUG